UAGACACACGGAAGUAGCCGAUGGGGGUGCUGAAAGUGCUCGUAAUUUUAUCCUCUUUGAUGAGGGUUAACAUCGCACCGCAUCGCUCAUCUCGUCGUUUUCACGGAAUCAUGACAAGCUUUAACGACGGAAGAGUGACCUCCCGUUUGAUUUCAGACAACAUUUGAUUCACCCAUCUCCAGUGUGAAUAAUCCGAUUCACCCGCUUUGAAAAAAAUGGAUCUGGAGUUUGAGAACAUCGAUUCAUCUGGACAGUGGCAAAACCUUUAUAAUGAAAUCCGUAACCAGUCUCAGGAGUGUGCCUACAAAGUGGCCAAGUUCCCAGAAAAUCGGAAUAGAAAUAGAUAUAGAGAUGUCAGUCCAUAUGAUCACAGUCGGGUGAGAUUAGAAAAUUCAGAGAAUGACUACAUAAAUGCCAGCUUAAUUACCGUGGAGGAGGCCCAGAGAAGGUACAUACUGACACAGGGACCACUGAGAAACACUUGUGGUCACUUUUGGCAAAUGAUUUGGGAACAGCGCUCCAAAGCAGUUAUUAUGCUUAACAGAGUUAUAGAGAAAGGCUCGGAGAAGUGUGCACAGUACUGGCCAUCAAAAGAGGAACAAGACAUGGAUUUUAAUGAUGCUGGCUUUGUGGUGAUUCUGGUGUCAGAGGAUAUUGAACCAAAUUACACAAUAAGAGUACUAGAACUUCAAAAUAGUAAGACAGAGGAAACCAGAGAGAUCUACCAUUUUCAUUACACAACGUGGCCUGAUUUUGGUGUACCAGAGUCUCCAGCAUCAUUCCUCAACUUUCUUUUCAAUGUUCGAGAGUCUGGAUCUUUGGGGCCAGAAAACGGACCUGCUGUGGUCCACUGUAGUGCAGGAAUAGGGCGAUCGGGGACUUUCUCGUUGGUUGACACCUGCCUUGUCUUGAUGGACAUUCGGAAAGACCCUUUCUCUGUGGACAUACAGAAGGUUUUGUUAGAUAUGAGAGAGUAUCGAAUGGGACUUAUUCAAACCCCCGAUCAACUUCGAUUUUCAUACAUGGCAGUUAUGGAGGGAACGAAGAGAAUUUUGGGAGAAUCUGCUCUACAGCAGAAGCUUUGUAAAGACCCACAGGAGUCAAACGCUGAUUUGGGUUCAUCUUAUCAAAGCCCCAUUAUGAGUUCAGACAAACUGAAUGGAAAGUCUGACUCAUGUACAGAGCUUCAGGAGCCAGGAAGAGGUGAAAGAAUACAGUCACCAAAAGAAGAGCAGCUUACAGGUUUAAAAACAGAAAGCCUGCACAGAAGAAAACGUGAGGAGCGGAUAGCCAGUACGUCACAGAAGGUGCAGCAAAUGAAACUAAAACUGAAUGAUUCUGAGAAGAAAAGAGAAAACUGGCUUUUCUGGAAACCCAUUCUUCUAAAUGUUGGUGCUGGUGCAGGCCUAGCACUGGUACUAUGCAUGUGCUGGGCCUUUCUGUCCUAGUAAUACCAUUUUGCCACACAGAUUCCUUUUGUCUUUCAUUUCCCAGGGACCCAAAUAAUGUAGGUGCUUGGAUGUUUCUAAAUAAGGGACAUGUAAAAUGAUAGUGUUUACAAGCAUUCAUACUCAGACAUUCUACACGAUUUAUCGAAUGUUUGUGUAAUAUGUGGUUAUUACAGUGUAACACGCUGUAGUUACUUUGUAACUACUAUCAUAAUUGCAUCUUGGUUCCAGUUUUCAAAGCAUAGCAACUUCAGUAUUUUCUCUCGGUUUAUCCGCAAUAACAACGUUGAAUAGACACGUUAUUUGCAGCGAGGUUUAAGUCAUGCUUUGGCCUUCAGACUUUGUUUCAGCAUGGAUAUUCAUAGGGCGAUUCAAUCGUUUCAGAAGGUCAGAACCCAAUGAGUUUCCAUAUAUGAUCUUUACGUGCACACCUCAGGAUCUUCAAGUAAUAACUGACUGUAGACACAGCCAAAUGUAAUAAGUUUGAAAAAUGUACAUAGUAAACUCUUUCACGAAACCAGAAA